ACAUCAGUCAAAAUUUCGUUCUCAAGUUUCAAACAGAGUUUUGCCUCCACCACUAAUUACCUAAGGAGGCGGUUCUCUUCUGGGGAUUUAUCCGGAGAAGUCAACGAUGAGCAAGACAGACAAGAUGCCGAAAGUUCGGGAAUUCCGACUCGAGAAUCGGAUCUAUCGCUUAAUUUGCGACCGAGUUCGACGACCAGUGCCCCAAGUUCGCCCGCCAAAACUGUGACAUCGUUCUUAUCGCGCGGCAGUUCUCUUUCGGGUCCCAAGCCUGGUUAUAAUAAGGAAAAGCAUAAAACCUUAUUGAUUAUCGAUGAUCAGCAUACAGACUGGUCGAAAUACUUCAAAGGUCAGCGCAUUCAUGGCGAUUGGGACAUUCGAGUGGAACAGGCAGAAUUCAAGGACAUCAGUUUGGCCACCCAUUGCGAGAGCGGUACCACCGUCAGCAUGGUCGUCUAUCGGAACGGAACCAAAGUCGUCAGAUCGUUUCGGCCGGAUUUUCUACUGAUUAGACAACACGUCAGGGACGCCAACGAAGACUACAGGCCUUUACUUCUGGGAUUUAAAUAUGGAGGAGUUCCCAGCGUAAACACAGUUCACAGCCUCUACAACUUUCAGGACAAGCCUUGGGUGUUUUCUCAUCUGUUGCAAAUACAGCGGAGAUUGGGUCGAGAGAAUUUCCCGUUAAUAGAGCAAGCCUUUUAUCCCAAUCAUAAAGAAAUGCUGACUACUCCAAAGUUUCCUUGCGUGGUGAAGAUAGGGCACGCACACGGCGGACUCGGUAAGCUGAAGGUGGAGAACCACUACGACUUCCAGGACGUGGCCAGUGUGGUGGCAGUGUGUCGGACCUACUGCACGGUGGAACCUUUCGUCGACGCCAAAUAUGACAUGCACAUUCAGAAAAUAGGCAACAACUACAAGGCAUACAUGAGAAAGUCGAUAUCUGGCAACUGGAAAGCGAACAUCGGGUCGGCCAUGUUGGAGCAGAUAGCCAUGACCGAGCGUUACAAGUUGUGGGUGGACGAGGUGUCGGAGAUGUUCGGGGGUCUGGACAUCUGCGCUGUCGAAGCCAUCCAAGGAAAAGACGGAAGAGAAUACAUCACCGAGGUCAACGACUCGGCCAUGACACUGUUGGGCGAGACGCAAGAAGAAGAUCGCAGACUGAUCGCCGAUUUAGUCGUACAGAGAAUACAAACCUAUUGCAAGCCCGUCUUAACAAAACAAACUUCUCGAUCCAGUAUUUCGAGUUACACGACUGCCGAAGAACCGACUCUUCACGAACACGGACAACCCGCCGCUCCCCAAUCACAGAUGGCGCCACCGGCUUCCUACCAAAGACAAGAGCCUCAGAAGACGUCGCCCGUAGCCCAACCCCCGCCACCGGCGGCCAUUGCCGCCAGACGGGGUUCGCAGUCGUCGGUGACGGAAAUGGUUCGACCGGCGGCGCCCCCGACGCGAGGAGCGAGCGUGGCCGAGGGAGGUGCGCCCAGGAGGGAAGCGUCGCAAGCCAAUGGCGAGAAGAGCGUGGAAGAUCCCGAAGACACGAUGAAGAACCUUCGAAAAACAUUCGCCGGUAUCUUCGGCGACAUGUAACCCGGCGUUGGCCGAACGUUCGAACCUCGUAAAGAAUUUCUUAGUUGCGCCAAAGAGUAUUUUUUAGGUUCUAAACAAAGGAAGAAGGGGAACGGUGGCGCUCGGCGGUACCCCUCGAUCGGCCACUGAUUUCCCCCCUUUUAAAUACCGUUAGCUCGUUAACGGCUAUAUAUAAUAUAUGGUUUAUAUUGUUUAUAGCGAGAGUACGUAGAUUUACGGAGGGAGCAUCUAAACGGCGGCCGGCCGACGGGACAGGUAAAUUUAACACCAGCAAUAAACGCUAGAGAUAAUUCUCUUUUUUAUUUUAUUUUAUUUUACUUUUUUGUCAUUUCUCUGGGUUCGAGUCCUUCGCUAAUCCACCAAAUUCUGGAUCCGGUCGAUCUACCGAAGACCUUUUUUUCCUCCUGUUCGAGCUCAGACUGGUGUUUCGGCGCCGAUCAAAACUCUUUUUGACUGUCGUGCUCUGUGUCGACCCGAAUUCUUCUCUUUUGCCUUUUAACGGAUCAAUGGCCAGCUGUCAGUCGAUGUCACGUCUCUCUUCCCCUUUUUCUACCUCUUUCUAGUGCCAUAACUAUGUACUAUUAUAUAUAUAUUCGGCUGUGCUCGAUGUGCGUGUGUCUCGUCACGGCGACGGACGAUACGGAACGGCGACGCGUGGGAGUCGAGAAUCACCCUAACGAUAUUUCUAUCGGUCGUUUUUUCUAUCCGACGACCUUCGGUCGAGAAGUUUUCAUAAAAGCACUUGGUCGAGUAGGCCUAAAACUUUUCUAACGAAUGGAAAACAUCCGAAUCGUAAUCUAGAUCAUCGUUUCAUCCGGGACGAUUAACCUUCGACAACCUCCGACCCGAUUCUCCUUCGCCCGGACGCCGGCGGGUCUCGGUAGCCGCGGCGCGAUUCUUCCUUCUUCCCUCGAUGUAUCGUUCGCACUUACACUACGUAUCGAAACCGUGUACGGGAAAUAAAACUUUCGCAUCUUAAUGGAACGACCGCAGAGUCGACCGAUACUUCAAUUCUCGAUGUGUAGAGAUUCAGUGAUAGACGUCGUAGUCGAGUGCUAUCCCAUUCGCUGUCCGAUGUAGUGUGUCAGGUGUGUCAAAUAAAGUGGUUGAAACCUUAACUUCCGUCCCGUCGUAUGCUUUCUUUUUACUUCCUUCAACGUUAUAUCGGGAGACACGCGUUUACCGUUUCGGACCGCCGAUUUCUUGCGCUAAAUCGACGUCGGUUUCGGUUCUGUU